GAAAAAAAAAAAAAAAGAAAGAAAAGAUGACUUGAAACACGGAGAAAGAAGAGAAGACAGAAAUCGAAAGAAGAGAAGACAGAGAUCCGCCGGGCAUCGGCCUGUCAGCACCGUAAAUCUCAUAAAUCCAUCAUCUCAACUCUUCUCUAUCAUAUCAUAUCACAUCUCUCUUUAUUCCCUAUCUCCAUUCUAAUAACUCAACACAAUCAAUUCACAAUGUCGCUCAACAUGAAAACCCUAACCCAAGCACUAGCAAAAACCGCCGCAGUCAUCGAAAAAACCGUUCAAACAACAGUCCAAGACGUCACAGGUCCAAAACCACUUCACGAUUACGACCUCCUCGAUCAGAUCGGUUCCGCAGGCCCGGGCUUAGCCUGGCGACUUUACUCCGCCCGUGCCCGUGAUCCUUCACGCCAGCAUCAGUAUCCUGUUGUAUGCGUUUGGGUGUUGGAUAAACGGGCUUUAUCUGAGGCCCGAAUGCGUGCGGGACUUACUAAAGCGGCUGAGGAUUCGUUUUUAGAUUUGAUUCGGAAGGAUGCGGCUAAGCUUGUUAGACUUAGGCAUCCUGGAAUUGUUCAUGUUGUUCAGGGACUCGAUGAGAGUAAGAAUGCAAUGGCCAUGGUUACCGAACCUUUGUUUGCUUCUGUUGCUAAUACUCUUGGGAAUCUUGAUAAUGUUCCUAAUGUUCCUAAAGACCUGAGGGGAAUGGAAAUGGGACUGUUGGAGGUGAAACAUGGUUUACUUCAGAUAGCGGAGUCGUUGGAUUUUCUCCACAACCAUGCUCAUCUUAUUCAUGGAGCUAUAUCACCUGAGAAUGUUUUUAUCACAUUGAGUGGAGCUUGGAAACUUGGUGGAUUUGGUUUUGCAAUUUCUUCUUCUCAGAACCCUGGUGACUCAUCUAAUCUGCAUGCCUUCCAUUAUGCUGAAUAUGACAUUGAAGACUCUGUUUUGCCACUUCAGCCAUCACUUAAUUACACUGCUCCUGAGAUGGUGAGGAGCAAUGCUUCUUCAGCUGGGUGCUAUUCUGAUAUUUUCAGUUUUGGAUGCCUUGCCUACCAUUUAAUUGCUCGCAAGCCUUUGUUUGACUGCCACAACAAUGUCAAGAUGUACAUGAAUACCUUGACUUACUUAUCCAGUGAUGCUUUCUCAUCUAUCCCAUCGGAUCUGGUUCCUGACUUGCAAAAGAUGCUCUCUUCAAAUGAAUCUUUCAGGCCAACUGCUAUGGAUUUUACAGGGUCACAAUUUUUUCGAAAUGACACUAGGUUACGUGCUCUGCGUUUCCUGGACCACAUGCUUGAAAGAGAUAACAUGCAGAAGUCAGAGUUCUUAAAAGCAUUGGCAGAUAUGUGGAAAGAUUUUGAUUCCCGUGUAUUGCGAUACAAGGUCCUUCCACCACUUUGUGCAGAACUUAGGAAUGUGGUGAUACAGCCGUUGAUUCUGCCAAUGGUUCUAACCAUUGCGGAGUCUCAGGACAAGAAUGAUUUUGAGCAAUCAACACUUCCAGCCCUUGUCCCUGUCUUAAGCACUGCUUCGGGUGAUACAAUGCUACUACUUCUGAAGCACGCCGAGCUAAUAAUAAACAAGACUAGUCAAGAGCAUUUAAUUUCACAUGUUCUUCCAAUGAUUGUUCGGGCCUAUGAUGAUAAUGAUGCACGUUUACAAGAAGAGGUCCUAAAAAAGUCUGUAUCCCUGACUAAACAACUUGAUGCCCAGUUGGUGAAACAAGUGAUUUUGCCCCGUGUUCAUGGACUAGCGCUCAAAACAACAGUUGCUGCGGUUAGAGUCAAUGCUUUGCUGUGCCUAGGAGACAUGGUUAAUCGACUUGAUAAGCAUGCUGUCCUGGAAAUCUUGCAAACUAUUCAGCGCUGUACUGCUGUUGACCGUUCUCCCCCAACCCUUAUGUGUACCCUUGGGGUUGCAAACUCUAUUUUUAAGCAGUAUGGUGUAGAAUUUGUUGCUGAGCAUGUUCUUCCAUUGCUUAUGCCACUCCUGACUGCUCAACAACUGAAUGUUCAACAGUUUGCCAAAUAUAUGCUCUUUGUCAAGAAUAUGCUCCAGAAGAUAGAAGAGAAGCGAGGAGUUACUGUGACCGAUUCCGGAAUCCCUGAGGUAAAACUAUCUCCUGCAGUUAAUGGCCUGCAGGUGGAAGCUCCGAGGACAAGCAGCAGCGUUGUUCUUACGCCAACAAAAAGCAGCUCAUCUUGGGAUGCAGAUUGGGGUCCUCCCAAAGCAACGCGAACUGCCAAUUCUGUCCAGAACACUAUCAAUAAUUCUAGUCAAUCUGUGGUAGGCAACCCUGUUGGUCAAGUUACAUCUUUACAAAAUAAUUUGUCCUUAUCUGGUGUAUCUAAUCAGCAAACAGCCAAGUCAUGUCCUUCGGUAGAUUUAGAGUGGCCGCUUCGUGCAUCAUCCGUUGUUACGUCACAAUUUGGUGAUACCGUAAGGCAAACGAUUCCACCAGGAACCUCAUCCACAUAUAAUGUUGAAGAUGAUGAUCCUUUUGCUGAUUGGCCUCCGCGUACUAGUGGCUCAUUAUCUGGUGGAUCUGGAAAUUCCAACAAUGGUACUUUAGGAAUGUCACCAAACAAAUUGGGGCAUAAUUCAAGGACAAGCAAUUCAAGCAAUCUUGGUAUCCAAGCUAGCAACAAUUGGUCUGUCAAUUCCCAAAGUUCGUCUAUCGGUAACUCGAAUAAUGGCAUUGAACCUCCAAACUCUCUUGGGUUCCUAAAACAAAGUCAGGCUUUUCCAGCAUCAAACGCUGUUUCAUCAUAUACUAAUAAUGUUAAAUCAACUGAUCUUGGAUCAAUAUUUUCUUCCAACAAGAAUGAACAAAUUGCACCUAGACUCGCACCACCCCCUUCAACCACGUUGGGUAGAGGACGGGGAAGAGGGAGAGGAGCUACUUCAACCAAACAACCUUCUCAUACCAAGUCAAGCACUGAGCAGCCACCCCUUUUGGAUUUGUUGGGGUAGCUUGCUUCUAUUAUUGUUCUUCUUGAUUGUAUAUUUAUGCAACAUUCUAUGUUGAAUGCUCGGAGACAAUUUCCGGGAAGGAAGAAGAGAGAAUGCGGAAAAUCUUGCCACGCAACAUCUGCUGCAAGUGACUAUGUAAAGGUUUUGUUGUACUUUGCUUACUUAGUAUAUAGUGAUCUUGCAAAAAUUUGGUUUAUUUUAUUUUUUGGGUCGCCAUAUGUCUUUAUUUUUCUUAGGGUGUCAGGCAAAUUGUAUUCAGAAAAGUCCUGAUUGUUGCGACUGGGUUGAAAAUAAUAAAAGCAGUGAUUAAUUUUCUUCUUAAUCGAGAAUGAUUUGGAUUCUGUUAUGUA